AUGACACCUCGCGCCGUUUCCGAAGCUGAUGCUGGUGCGAACUGGCCUGAUGAUUCCAGUGGCGGAAUAGACACUCCAAUGUACACACCUGCUUCAACAGAUAUUGGUGUAGCCUCGAAUAGUUCUUUUGGUCUCACUCGCAAAUCUAAUCCUCACCACGACGGCAAAUAUCUCAUCCACGACAUUGCCCGUGGCCGUGUCCUCACGUGCCGCAAUGGCCAUCUAAGCCUUGAGCAGAUGGAUCUGGAGAAACCCCAAACACACAUUUCUGGACAGGCACAGUGGCAAUGCAUUGAGAGAGACGGAUUUAGAGGUUUCAGGAAUGUUGCUAUGGGGACCUUUCUGGGUCACGACAUUUGGUGGGAUUUCUACGCAAAGGUUUACCAUCACAUGGGCUGGGAGGAUUUUACUCUACGUCAUGUGGAGGGUGGCGUGUACCAGAUUCAGGCCUUGUUCUUUUGGAAGCAGAGACAGGUUUCUGCCAAGGAGGAUGGAAGCGGCUUGUACCGAGAGGACUAUGGGGCACUUUGUGGGAGUUUAUCAAGGUUGCGAACUGAUCAUUAG